CUCACUUUUUAGCUGCAAUAUUUAAGUGAAUCUUUCGACAGUCGACAGUUGUCCUCGGUGGCAACGACCACUGAGAGCACGGCAGCGUUUGACAUUUAAUGUCCUUCGUUCAGUGGCAAGUUACACCACAUUUUAGAGUCUUUUGAGUCCAUAAGUCCGCCUUCCUGUUCAGCGAUGGAUUUUCACCAACAUGGAACCGAAAUUUCGUCCCCAAACGAACCGUUCAAGAACCUGUCUUUUACUACGCUAUCGAGUUUGGAAUUUGAAGCACUGAACAGUCUGGAUGAAAGCAUACGAUAUCACGAAACGAACGCUAUAGAUGAGAGUAUCCAGUCUAGCAAGGAGCUGGGGAGACAUGACAAGAAAUUAGAGAACAAUGACGUGAUGUUGCUGGAACCUCCGAACCAAGCUACUGCAAUAAGGCAACCAGGAAAACUAAACGCUGGAUUUAUCUUGUUUGAUGGAGCUGAAAUGAAAUAUAUUUCAAAUGACGGAAAAGAUGCAGAAACGCUAUCAAAACCGCCGGAACAACCAAACACGGACGGAAGUUUCCGAAGCAAAAGUUCCGAGUGUUCUACAAACAUUUCCGAUCAACCCGCGUAUUUGAAUUUAAGCUCUGAUGACUUAGUGGUGCGGGAGUCCUUCAAUGACAAGAAUUCGCGAAUUUCGCUGACACCCUACAAAAGGCUGCCAACCUAUGUUCAUUUUUCAACACCGCAAAAAUUUUACUUGCUCUCUAUUGGUGCAGCUACCGUGUUAGCAGCGAACGCGUUUUACAUGAGUAUUGCGUUUUUCCUUCCAUUCCUCGGAAAGCAAGGUUUGUCAAAAAUAGGUAAGUUGUUCAAAAAAUCAGAAAAAAAAGUUUAAUUAUGCAUGGGUAGUUCUUCGUUCUUUCAUAUUUGAUUUGUUGAAUUUUUCACCGGUAAACAUACGUGAAAACAGCAGGAAAUCUGCCUGAUUCCGCUUGUGGGAAUUUACCAAACACGCGCUGUUUGAAUUUUCUCCAAAUUAAAAAAAAUUGUCUUUAGGCUCAUUCACCUUUUAAAAUAAACUGUACAAGUUCAGACGAUUUGAUGUUACGAAAAUUGAUUGAAAUGGGCCUCGCUGAAGUCUUUGUAUUUCUAUAAAUAACCCACAAAUGCUUUGUUUAUGUGGCAACAACAGUUUGAGAUGUGCGAGGCAAUUCACACAUCACAUCUGCUAGCCCUAUAGGCGUCAAACACGCUAAUAUCGUGAUCAAAUUAUCAUUAUGUAGAUGUCGUCUUUACGGGAUUUUCUUAAUUCCUGUCUAAGGGUUUCUCAUUGAGUAAUUUAACGUAAGCUUUUUAACACUGUUCACGCUAUGAGGCUUUUGUUUAGCAAACCCUUUUUUCUGAAACGUACGCCGUGAUAUAACUCAAGCUGAGACAAAAUAUCAGUGACGUUUAUGCGACAAGGUUGAAGGACAGUUCUGACGUUUUUGCAAUUCACUAACAUGUGUCAUAAGUUGUUAGUCGGUAAUUCGGUUCUAGUGAGCAAAAUUAGCAUUUAAAGAUCAAUUUCAUUCACUCCCUUUUAUUGGCAGCUUAAAGUAAACAAAAAGUAGAAAAGGAAACAAAGAAUUGACGCUAAACUUCAGCAUAACUUUUAGAAAUGUGACAAUAAUAUGUACUCAAAAACGGAAGAAUAUUAUCAUUUUGUCGAAGCAGAAACAAUAUUUUUUUCAAACAAACAAACCACGAAUUAUAUUGAGGUAUAAGUAUGGAUCCUUGAAUUAAAUAACCAUACAUAACACCUAAGAAGUUACAAACAGUUUCAUCUGUUUUAGAUUUCUCAUCAGAGAAGACGAAAGCAAAUCAACAGGAAAAAGAAACAGAGAAUUGCAAAAAUAAACAAUCAUCAUUGAGAUGUUUGAGAGGCGAUUCUAAAAUCAAUUCCUGGGUGCUAAUAAAGUCAAUUUUAUUUUUAGUACUAGGAAAAAAAGCCACAAACGACAAGUACCUCUGAAAUAUACAACUAUUUGUUGCGUGAGCCAUUUCCUUUUUCGCAUUUUUACGUAAUCAACCACGUAAGGACUUGGGAAUUUUUCACUACAGUGAGUAAAUUGUUUUGCUUUUUAUUUCUUCAGGAAUUUGUCUUCACGUUCCGUUUCUAGCCUCCAUUUUGUUUACACUGUGCGGUAAGAAACACUGGGUACCAUUUCUCCCGACUGUUCCCAUCUGCCUAGUUUUGAUGGCUGCCUCUGUGGCCGUACUCCCGUCUCUUACGGCAGCUGGGAUUUCGCUGUCAAUCUUUGUUAUAUAUGGUGUAAUAACAAUCAGUGGUCUCUGUGCAGGUCUCAGCCAAUCAUUAGUCAAUCGUAUGGUUGUGUUGUUUCCUGGCGGGAAAAGCAGCUUGCUGGUUCGCUAUGGUGAAGGUAGGUGGCAAAUUUGAGAUGGGAGAAUAACUUGAGCGACAGUAUAGAGACUAUGGAGGUGGAAUUUUGAGUGCUUGCCGAUCAUCAGAAUCGUCUGUAAGAUCUUCCUGUCCUUAAAAAAAUUCCUUCGUUUUAAGCGAGAAGCAAAAACACCGAUGCUGGCCGAACUGACUGAUUUUUGAGUAAGGUUUGUUAAAUUUCUUUUCAACCGCGCCGGCAGAACAUGCUCAAAAUUCGAGACAGCCAAAUAUUUCAUUACACAUAGAAAAAAGACUGGGCAAAUCCGACAACCAUACUCGCGAGGAGUGAAUUUUUGCUCUACAUUUACAUCAGCAUUAGCAAACCACUAAAACCACUAUGUCAACAAUUAAGUUUCCUAUGAGCUUGUCUACACUGAAUUUUAAUAUAGAUGUAAUCAAAGCUUUGAUUCGGUAAUAGAGCAACUUUCAAUUGAGUGUCGAAAUCAUAUUUGUUUUUUCAACUGCAGCGCACAUAUAUGAUUUUCUUAUGUUUAUUGACAUUAUUCACCGCUUGGAAGGUUUAUUUAGACCCAACAUAAUGACCAGCUCCCAGUUGGCUUGUUAGCUCAGUUGGUAGAGCGCUGCACUGGUAUCGCAAAGGUCAUGGGUUCAAAUCUCGUACGGGCCUGAAUUGUUUUCAGGCCUUGUUUCAACUACUAGUUCAGUAGUGUUCAUAACUGCAAGGAUCGCCUAUAUUCUUAACUUUGAUUUCCUUUCCAGGUCUUGGUUCUUUAUUACCAGCAGUGGUUCAACUAAUACUGUGUCUUUACCUUGGAAUAAACUUCACCGAACCAAAGCUGACUGACUCAACCACACUUUGUCUUUACGCGUUGUUUGGUGUCGUGUUCCUUGGAAUCAUAACAGGACUGGUAUCAUUCUUAAAGCUACGUAAAAGUGGGAUAUAUGAACUAUUUGCGGCUCGUGACUGCAUUGCUCACAGUCCUAAGAAUAUAACGUUAGGAUCUGUCCCAGAAACAGCUAAAAGACGGUACCACACAAUAAAGUGGUAUUUACUUGUGGAGUUUACGCUCUCAUUUACAACUUACUUUGUACUGUCUUUAGCACCGUCUAUUCAUGAAGCGACCUUCGAAAGUCCACAAUCAAACACUGAACCUUUCUGGAGAGUCUAUCUGGCUACAGUUUUGAUCGCAUUUUUCAGAGCUGGUCAUUUUUUUGGAGAAGUUCUAUCUCGUCUCUGCUACAAUGUACAGCUAAAACUCAACAACGACGUAAAGAUGUUCCUAUAUUUAUCAGCGUCAAUUCUUCGCCUUGGUUUUAUCAUCUGUGCCGUGAUUUUCACUCGUUCUCCUUUCUUAGUCUAUAACAAUUUGUUCGUGAUAGGUUUCUUCUUCAUGUUAGCUUUCACAAAUAGUCUUCUGUCCGUUGCCAUGGCAUCAAGUUGUCAAUCACUGAUCAGGGUACAGCGAAACGACACAUGCCCCAUAGUGUCGCAGUUACUCUGGAUUGCAGAAGUACUGGGGGCAAAUGUUGGUAUUGCCUUAUCAUUCGUACAACUGACAAUUUAGAGUUAACAGAGCCCAUAAUAGUCAGAUGGGAAACUCGUACUGAUGAUGACGCAGAAUAAAGAUCCAUGGGACCUGCCU